AUGUUUGAGCCACGGUCGCAGAUGGCAUACCGCCAGGACACGUUUAGGAACAUUCGCUCUCUUCGUAAGUUAUUUGAGGUCAUGGAUCAGAAAUACAGCAGUAUAUCCAUCACCUUUCUUAUUAUUCACCUCAUCAUGGAGUUGGCUUCGGUGGUAUUCUAUGUAUGGACGGCUGUGGUUUCCGAGGCCACUUCCGUGUCGGAGUUUCACUGGAAUGGAACCAUGUUUAAUAUUGAGUUUGGACUCAACAUAGUGUUCUUUCUGGAGUGGGUCGCUCUUUUUUUUGGGGAAGAUGACAAGAUAGGGUACUGCCUCUCGUGGCUAUCGAUAGUAAACGCCAUGACGAGUAUUCCAAUGAUAGUCAUUGGCAUUGGGGGAUUAACGGAGACAAGCUGGCGCAGUUAUUGGGUUCCCAUGUAUCUGCGAGUGUGGUGGCUGCGUGACUGCGUGGUGGUUCUUUUGGAUUACCCGCAGGUUGAGCGCUGGAUGAAGGACGUCACUCGAGAGGUUUGCCGCUUUGUUGCUACCUUGUUUGCCGGCCUUUGCACGUGCGCCGGCACACUUCAGAUUGUUGAGAGUACAACUGGGUCAUACAUGAACCCAUUCAAUGCAUUUUACUGCAUGGUCGUCACCUUUUCCACUAUUGGUUAUGGCGAUAUUGUCCCGGGGUCGACGCCUUCUCGGUUGUUGAUGGCCGUUUUUAUUGUUUUUGCCGUAAGUCACUUUAUGCCGUUGUUUCAGCGGUUGGUUUCCAUCAGUCGGCAGCGCUUGCACUACAAUGUGUAUAAUUCCCGUGGCGGACGAAAGGCUCAUGUGAUUUUGGCCGGCAUUUUUACAAAAUUGGGAGUGAAAAUUAUUUUGCAAGACUUUUAUGGAGGCUGGCGGAGAUAUGUUGAUUUGCGAAUUGUGCUGCUUUCACCUGUGGAGCAUCCACUCGAGGUGAAAUUGCUGGUGAACCUGCCGUGGUUCAAGGAUCGCGUACUGUUGAUGAUUGGAGACCCCCAAAAAGAGUCGGACCUUAAGCGUGCGGACGCACGUCAUGCAGACGCCAUAUUUUUAUUUGGCGAUACCUUCCCGGCUACAUUUCACACCGACUACACCCUUAUUCAGCAAUCACUCUCCAUUAACAACCAUGAUUCCGAGCUCGCACAGUAUUUAUAUCUUCGAAGCGAGAGGAACACCAAACAUGUGGCGUCAUACGCUGCUGGUGUGGUUGAGGGGGAGAGACUGUUGCACCAUUUGCUUGGACUUGGAGUGGUUGUUCCUGGAGCCAUUCCGCUUAUUGUAAAUUUGCUUAGAACUUAUGAUCCUUUCACAUUGGACAUGAAGCGCACCCUCCACUGGGUGGAGCAGUACGAGUUGUCCCUGCAGCACAAUAUUUUUUGCAUAGACGUUCCAGACGCAUACCGAGGACGUGACUUUCACCGUUUGGCAAGGCUAUUUUUUGAUCAUGACGUCACUCUCAUAGGCGUCAUCACCACAGGAGGGAUGGUGCAACUGAAUCCCUCCCGCGUUGCCACUUUAGUGGGAAAGAUUAUAUUCAUCGCCAAAAGCCCAGAGGAAGUGAAGAACGCAAUGACGGAGGUGGAGGAAACCCGUUUUUCCACUAUUGAUCCAGAGGCCGAUGACCAGCCAUGUUAUCCUACUUUGGUGUUGAGUAACGAAAGGAAUGGUUCGACAUCUUGGGCGGGCGAAUUCAGUGGGCAUUUUGGGUCCAUUCAACAAAUAAACGAUGCUUACGAUUUUGAAAAUCAUUUUGUUGUCAUUGAUCUCUCCAUCGCAAAUGAUAGAGCGGCUGAGACGGAAGGGGCACACGAAGGUACACUCACUUCCGCUGCCGUCAAUAUUUUUCAUAUUAUGCAAUCCAUUCGUCAGAGCUACCCUCAAAAUGACAUUGUGCUCUUGACGAAAGACACAUCUUUUUCCGUUUACUUUGACCGUUAUUGGCAUGGCGUCAAGGGUGCUAUUCCCAUAAAGUAUGUGGACGGAUGCGGGCUGAACACGAAUGAUCUACGGCGCUGUAAUCUUAAGCAAAGUGCUGGUAUUGUUAUUUUUGUCUUUGGUGACACCAGCGGCAAGUCAACAAGUGGGGUAUCUAUGCUCGUCAACCUCUCCAUUGCCUCUAUCCUUCCCUCGUCGCACAACAUUCCAGUCGUGGUGGAGCUGGACAGUCUUCAGCACCUUUCUCUAUUCCCGCCAUACGCUGAGCAUUCUCGCCUUCGUCAGAAAGCUGAAGUAGAUUUUGUUUUUGAACCAAAUUACAUUAUUGGCAAUGCAAUUAGCAGGCACAUGCUGUUUCCUUUGGUUCACGCCACAUAUUUUAUGCCGGAGUUUAUUGACAUUAUCGACAUGAUUGUGAGCGGAGUGGAUGAAGAGACCCCUUCCCUGGGACGACUUUCACUUUCUCUCUCACACGAGGUGAUUGAAACGUACAAGGAUGUUGUUGACUACUGCCUCAGCUUGCGUUACCUGCCCAUUGGCUUGCAUAUUUGCAUCAGUGACACAAGAAAUUUGUCUCUCAACGGAAAACGCUUCGUAAUGACGAACCCACCGAAAGAUCUCCCAGUUGACCGCGAAAAAGAUGGCGUCUUUUACUUGCUACCUACGUGA